GUUCGUUCUCCCGGGACCCCGAACUCCGCUGACCCAGGAGGGGCGCAGUCAGUGUUCUGGCAACGCUGCUGCAUUUAUUCAGUAAGCCAGCGUUUGCUGCCCCUCUUCCCAGCUCUGUGCCACGUGCAGCAGCCUUGUGGGUCUUCCGGUAGGAGGACACAGCGUUUGCAAAGCUGUGGCACAGUCCUCAACAGAUAAAGAAAUGAGAAAAAUACCAAAUAAUGGGAACCUGAAGAGGAUGAAGGUGGCGUACCCCCUGGGACUGUUUGUGUGCCUGUUCAUCUAUAUCGCCUACAUCAAGUGGCACUGGGUCUUCGCCACGCAGGCCUUCUUCAGCAUCACUGAGGCAACCUCAGGGGCCCACAGGGGCCAGCAGACUCGAGAUCCUCCGGGAACGACUGCACAUGGUCACAAGGUCUUCUAUGGCAUCAUGUUUGACGCGGGAAGCACUGGCACCCGAGUGCAUAUCUUUCAACUCACCUGGCAGCCUGGAGAAACUCCCACUUUGACCCAUGAGACCUUCAAAGCACUGCAGCCAGGUCUUUCUGCGUAUGCUGAUGACGUUGAAAAGAGCACUCCUGGUAUUCAGGAAUUGCUGGAUGUUGCUAAACAAGAAAUUCCUUUUGACUUCUGGAAGGCCACCCCAUUGGUUCUGAAGGCUACAGCUGGUUUACGUCUGUUACCAGGAGAGAAGGCUCAGAAUUUACUACAAAAGGUGAAAGAAGUGUUUAAGGCAUCGCCUUUCCUUGUAGGGGAUGACUGUGUUUCCAUCAUGAACGGAACAGAUGAAGCACGACUGAUUCAAAUGCUGUUUCAUCACUCUUUCGUAGGUAUUUCAGCCUGGAUCACCAUCAACUUCCUAACAGGCAGUUUGAAAUCCUCAGGAAGCAACAGUGUGGGCAUGCUGGAUUUGGGCGGAGGGUCCACUCAGAUCACCUUCCUUCCAAGAGUUGAGGACACCCUUCAGACCUCCCCGCCCGGCUACCUGACAUCACUGCAGAUUUUUAAUAGGACCUACAAGCUCUAUUCCUACAGCUACCUGGGGCUCGGAUUGAUGUCCGCCCGGCUGGCGAUUCUGGGCGGUACAGAGGGGAAACCUGUGGAGAAUGGGGAGGAGCUGGCCAGCCCCUGUUUGUCGCCCAGUUUCAGAGGAGAGUGGGAACAUGCUGAAAUAACGUACAGACUUUCAGGGCAGAAGGCAGCAGCGAACCUCUACCAGCUGUGUGCCAACCGAGUGUCAGAAGUUCUUCAAAAUAAAGUACACAGAACAGAAGAAGUGAAGGAUGUGGAUUUUUAUGCUUUUUCCUACUAUUAUGACCUUGCAGCGAAUGUUGGCCUCAUAGAUGCGGAGAAGGGAGGCAGCCUAGUUGUCGGAGACUUUGAGAUUGCAGCCAAGUAUGUGUGCCGGACGGCGGAGACCCAACCACAGAGCAACCCCUUCAUGUGCAUGGAUCUCACCUACAUCAGCUUGCUGCUCCAAGAGUUUGGCUUCCCGGGAAACAAAGUGCUGAAGCUGACUCGGAAAAUCAACAAUGUUGAGACCAGCUGGGCUCUGGGGGCCAUAUUUCAUUACAUCGACUCCCUGAAUGGACAGAAAAGGACGGCCUCAUAGCAGCUGAGCUGCCCACUGUCCUCCAAGUAGUGGCUCCAUCUCUGCAGGAAAAGAUCCUUUGGAAACGCUUGAUGUGUUGGAAGGGGGCCAAGCUCAGCUGAGACCCCUCCUCCCUGCAGCCUUGCGGACCCGCCCCUGGAAGGGCAGAGGACUGGAACUCAGCCCAAGCCCAACACCUCCUCCUACCUGCCUCAGCUCCAGGUGGUCAGUGAACCAGCUAGGGAAAGGGCACAUGCCAAGGCCAGGAUGAUGUAGUCCCACUGUCCCCACUGACCCAUCUGUAGGGUUGGAAAGCUGUGACAUUCAUCCCUAUUACUGGAGUCUUGUUUUGUGCCCCUGCCCCUGUCUCCCUCAGUUUCCCAAGGCAGACCUCCACCUCUCCCUGAAUUUGCGAGGAGGCUCUGCAGGCUGUCCUGGCUGCUCUCAGGGCGAGCUUCGCAGGAACCAUCGUGAACCUCUGGGACAGUGGGUUGGGUGGGGCGCUGUGAACUCUGGACUUGAAUAUGUUUGUUCCUCCUUGAGUGUGGGUACGUGAAGUCAUACAGAGGCCUGUUUCCUCAGUCUUUGGGUGGCUCAGGGUUAACCAUGGAGUUGACACUAUGAAUAGGAGGAGGGGCUGAGGGAAAUACCUCUCCAUGGCCCUCAAAAAAGGCUGAGUGUGAGCAUGAGCUGCUGUAAAAUAUUUAUGGUUGUGCUGUGUGAGUGGUGUCUCUGUCGCUCAGCACUCAGUGCUUGUGUGGCCACUGCGUUCUGAGCCCCAGUGAAUACUUCACUGCUGUGAACCGUGUGCAGUCAGGCAGUGUCAGGAGACACGUGCUCCCUGGUCAGCCAGCAGAGCAGUCUCCAGAACUGCCCUCUUGAAACUGCCCUCAUGUGGCUUUUCCCCCUCGAGCUCCACAGGACACUGAUUCAGCCCUCCAUGUCUGCAUUGCGAGCUCUAUCAAGGGAUGAUACGGGCUGUGUGCUGCACACAGUGUGGUCGCAGGUUCACAGUCAUUUUCUGGUGAAUGUACAGUACACAGGGUAAGCCGAACCUCGUGUGUUCCACUCAAAAUAAAGGUUUACCAGUUACCAAAGUUACUGCUCCUCUGUGACUCUUGUCAGAUCAGUGACAUUCAUCCACCCAACACUGGCAGGAAGGACCUGAAAUCCCUGUUUACUAAAGUUUAAACAAAAUACUGCCCAAGUGGGGUAAGAGGUGGUGGCACAAUUAAGUGCUGUCAGUAUAUCUUGUGAGGAGACCACAGCAGGACACACAGAGGCCCCCACUGGGCCCUCCUGGCAUCCCCAUCUCCCUGGGGAGGCCCAGGCUGUUUUAGGGUCUGGCAGGGAGCCCCUCACCUUCCUGGGGUCUGUCAGAGCAGAACUCCCCAUCUCUGGGACUGUUACCUGCAGCAUGUGCCUGGUAAGUCUAGUCUCGAGUGAGUACUGAACUCCAGGUUGUAGUGUGUUCAGUGAGGACCUGGAUUUAAUGUGGGUCAGUUGGAAAGGAGUCAAAUGUCAGGCAAAGAUGGGGCAGACUCCUCACCCUGAUUGCUAGGAGCUCACAGUCUCUACACCUCUCGGGACCUGAUGGAAGGAAGCACAGGGUCUGGCCUCCGCCCUUUCCAAGGCUGCAGCAGGACCAGAGCAGGCAUGACUGCUGAAUAAUCCCACGUGGUAGAGGCCUCUGGAGAGAGAAGAGGCCUCUGCAGAAAAAUAUAAUGAUAAUUUUGCUCCUCACCUCUCAGAACCUUAAAUUCCCAGUGCGCAGAGACAGGAGAGGUAUCCAAAUGUAAGCCUUGGCUGCCUGAGGAGCACUGUGCCUGCAGGACACUUGGGUAGCGAGGCUUCCACCCUUUUCUGAGAUUCCUCACCUGGUCUGAAUGGGAUGAUCAUUGCACCCCAACUCCAGAAGGCUGGAGGGGGACCACCAGGACACAAACCACUGACAAAAAGAGCCUGCUCUCCUCUACCCAGUGGUUUCCCCAGAAUGUAACCCCUGGGGCAAAGGUCUGGAGCUCUGUGUGGGACACAAAUAGAAGACAAAGCAGAAGAGAGGCUUCCAUCAAGUGAGAAGCCACAUUCGGACUGAAUCUUUGGAGGCUUUCACUUGACAAGGACACGGAAAUGACUUCUCCCUGCUCCUCACCACCGCUGCCUUGGGAGCAUCUCCGUAGCCCCUUCCUUCCACAGUAGCUAACAAUUUGAAUUGAAGAACUAUAGAGGCAAGGAAUUCAAGAUACAUGAAGGUAAAGUGAAAAUUGACUUGGUCCAUUUAUAGGUUAGUGAUCUCACAUCUGAAAAAAUGUGAACAACGAACUUUCCCAAAGGAUUGCCAAAUAAGUCAUGGAAUAUUUUUGAGUGCAGCAAAAUAGGCAAAUAAUGUCACUCUGUCUUUUGUGUUUAUAAAGUAGUUCUUGUUUUUAAGAAUAACUACAUAUGCACAUCUUAACACGUAAAAGAUGCAAAUUGGGGAUACGGUGAGGGUAUUGUUCCGUCCCACGUGUCCCACCUUGCAGAGGACGUGUCUGUGUGCUCUGAGCUUCCUUGCACACCCCACACACUAUCUUCGGUCCAUGUGUCCCAAACCUUUCUGUUCCCACUUAGAGCACCCACCCCUGUCAGUGCGCAGUGAGCUGCCUCAUCCUGCAGUGGCUGGUGGCAUUCCCGUGUCCGGACGACAGGAUCGCAUAGCAUCGUUGUUGCUUCCAGCACUACAUCCAUGUGCAUGGGCCAUCCUCACUGCUGGAUCAAAGGGUAGGACAUUUGUUUUGUCUUAGGGAGCUUCUUAGAAGCAUAUUUUAAUAAGGAAUUUAAAAAUCUAUGUUAAACCGCAGCUUAAAUUGAGUGAUGAUGGAGAGGAGUAGAUCAAUGGAAAAUAAUGGAAUUAAAAUGAUUUUUACCCCUAAAAUGAAAUAUAGGCUCUCUGAUAGCAUAGUUCAGCAUCCUCUCUAUUUUCAUAGGGGUGUAUCAUUAAGUACCUUGAGGAAAUAGAAAAAGUGCCAACGAGCUCUAUAUCCUAGGUGCAGUCGCUGAGGCAUCCCCCUGGGAGACUUGUCUUGACUCCCGGGGUCAGAUUCUGAGAAGUUGUGGGGAGUUGGG